AUGCCCCUAAUCCAACUAGAGCCACAUCUGUUCACCAGCCUCCCCCGGCACCCAGAUCUUCAGGGGGAUGCCAACACCCAAGAUCUGCGGGAAUUCAUCCAGGCCACCCUGCUUGAAGCUCAGCCUCUUCUAAACCAGUUCCCGUCAACAUUGAAACCAGACUGCAAGCUGCGCUCUUCUGCACCUUCAACGGCAAAGGUGAAACUUUCACGGGGAUGGCGAACACUUCAAUCCCCUCAAGAGGGCCCAACCCCUAACAAGGAAUUCUGGGUAUGUCGCCAAAGCGACCACCUAGACUCCGAUCGUCUGCCUGGGACAGUCUCCCUAUGGGAAUUCCACGACGGGCUACGAUACAACCAUGCUGAGCACGAAAUGGAGUACACACCCAGUGUGACGAGCGUAAAGCAACUGCUGAAGUGGAACGAGCCGAGACAAUGGGAUCUCAACCAACCAAUUACCGUUGGAAACACGAACUACAAGCAUUUCGAGGUCGAACUCAAUCUUAUUGUCCACACCUUCCAUCCGCAGGCACUAAUCCGGCCCCGGGCCUUCAUAUCCUGGACUAUGUCGGCAACCUUCGCGAGCUCAUGCCCAGCACCCCAGUCCACCCCAAAUCACGGCUUUAUCACUGUACAGAUCCCUUUCUAUUUGACCAAACCCAUCAUCCCGGGAUCCCAGUACGAGGGACUUUAUGCGCAGAUCAUGGACGCCGUCCCGCAACGCGCAGUCUUCGCUUACUAUGCCAGUCUCGAGCGGGUUCAGCGUGUGCGGCCUCCUACCCCGCCAGCUCCGGGUCCGUCGGUUUCGACGGAUGUGAAUGCCCCUGCUACGAAUCCCGAGCGUUAUCUUCGAUGGACUAUGUUGACUACUUCUGAAGCCGGUGGGAAGAUUCCUAAGUGGGUUCAGCGGAGCUGGACGCUAGGUGGAGUGCCGCGGGCUGUUGUUUCAGAUGUGGGAUUGUUUAUUCGGUGGACUCUCGAGCGGAGGGAAGAGAGGAGGUUGGAGCAGGAUUCUCAAAUGGGGGAGGGCUAA